AUGCGGUUUUCAUUUGGUGUUAUAACGACCAUUAGCGUCGCAAGACUUGUCUCCACCACUGCCAGUGACUGUGUAGGCACCAUCAGCUCACUUGACGACGUUGCUACAGCCGUCCAGUGCACAACAGUGAACCUCAACAGCUUCACCGUUCCCGGAGGACAAGCUCUGACUCUGGAUCUCCUAACCGGAACGACAGUCACUAUGUACGGAGACAUUUACUUUGGAAACUUGAGUUGGGUCGGCCCGCUUUUCAUUGUUAGGUCCGUUCUACUGGGAUGGCCUAGGGCAGAAUGGCGGAAUACAAAAGCCAUCUCCGAUGAUGAAGAUCAAGAUUUCUGGUACAUAUGCAAAUGUCACCGUUGUCAAUUCGCCCGCACGCGUUUAUUCCGUGUCCAAUCCUGCGCCAUUGUUAAUGACCAACCUCACUGUCGACAACUCUCAAGGCGAUGUGCCCAACAACCAAAGCAAUGGCCUCCCGGCUGGUGCGGUUUUUUUGCAGGACACAACACUGACGGCUUUGACUGCGGUACGACAAAUUUAGUCAUUGAAAACAGCUACGUCCACAAUCAGGACGACUGCCUUGCAAUUAAUAAGGGAUCCAACAUCGUCUUCACCAACAAUACAUGCAUCAACGGCCACGGAAUUUCAGUUGGAUCCAUUGCCUCCAAUGUCACCGUCUCUGACAUCGUGAUUUCGGGAAACACCAUCAUCGACAAUGAUCAGGCUCUCAGAAUCAAGACGGAUGCCACCGCGACGAAUAGCACGAUCAGCAACAUAACGUACGCGGGCAACACCGCCACGGGCAUGCGUCAAUUUGGCGUGCUCAUCGAUCAGUUCCGGGAAAUGGGGUGA